ACUUCGAGUAACAAGCUCGAGCAUCAUCAUUGUAAUCAUCCUCAUCAUCACCCUCAUCCUCAUCCUUAACCCUGCCAUCCUCAUCCUCAUCCUCACACUAAUGCAGCAGUGUGGAAACUAAACCCAGAUCGGACACUUUUUUUAUGCAGGAUAAAGGCGAUGGAGGAGCAGAAAGUCAGCUCAGAUCAUUCAGUGUGCAGAUCUUGCAGAAGAGCCGAGAGACGCACAACAAUGAUGACGUCUUCCUGUAGACUUUUGCUUUUCACAGUGGCAUUGUCACUGUAUUCGUCUCAAGUCUCAGCAGAGACGCUAUGCGGUGGGGAGCUAGUGGACACUCUGCAGUUCGUGUGUGGAGACAGAGGCUUUUACUUCAGCCGGCCGUACAGAUCAAACAGUCGCCGUCCUCACCGAGGAAUAGUCGAGGAAUGCUGUUUUCGGAGCUGUGAUUUGCAUCUCCUCGAGCAGUAUUGUGCGAAACCUGCAAAGUCUGAGAGAGACAUCACUGCCACUACACUGCAGGUCGUCCCAGUGUUACAAACUCUUCCUAAGGAUAGCACAAGGAAGCCUCUUAACAUGAGGCUUUCCCAAUAUGAGUUGUGGCAACGGACAGCUGCUCAAAGGCUGAGGAGAGGAAUCCCUCCCAUCCUCCGUUCCAGAAAGUUUAAAAGGCUUGCUGAGAAAAUCCAAGACCAGGAGCAGCCCAACUUUCAUCGGCCCCUGAUGACCGUUUCCAGUAUAAGUCCUCAAAUUACCCACGCCUCCAGAGCUUCGCUGUCCAUAAGUGAAGCAAAAACUGCUGAGAUUUAAAGGGAUUAUAAGCCUUGACCUUGAUCAAGCGAGGCUUUUUUAAUGAACCCUGUCAUCGAGCAUCCUUUACAAAUACAGAUAUGAACAUUCUGUGUUAUCUCCUGCCUUACUCAGCCGAAGAGACUUUAGUGAUAGAGCUGAAUGUAAGAGUGAUGGAUCAGGCGACAGAAAAGAUCAAUGAAGUCUCUGAUUCACAGGGUGCACAGCCAGAUUCCCAAUGAAUUACCAAUGGAGUGUGUAUAGCAGUGAGUAUGGCAGCCUUCAUUCCACAAAAUCCCAACCCUGAGAUGGAGUGACUCUGUCUCAUUUGCACCUGCGAUUCUAAAGUUACACUAUUGGGAGCAUUUUUUUUUAAAAUUAAAAUGAUAUUUGCUUUAUAUGCACCUUCAUUCACCCUACCCCCUGCGGUUCAAUAAUGAAGAAAAAUCAUCGGCAGAUUGCACAAUGCCACGGACAAUAUUAAUGGCACUAUUUUUUUUUUUUAAACGAACUGCUCCAUAUGGUAAUAUUAUGGUGCUACCUUUUUGGGAAUAAACUCAAAGAAGAGGCUCAAAGCAACCUACUCUUGUCAUCGCGUUAAACUUUCCGUUUUAGGAAAAGCAAGACAUUGUAAGAGAGGCGAAUCAAGAGUGGUUUGAGUAGGGAUGAGCUCAAGUGACCUGAACUGUGUUCUAAGAUCCAUUACAUGGGCUGUGGAGAAUGAAGGUAAAGUCCAAGGCAGUGUCAUGAGAGAUCUUCUACAAAAGAUGAAGGGAAUAACUACCACCACCAUUGAGGACAUUUGCGACCAAGUCAAGACUGAACUUUGAGCAAGAGCAGUUUUAAAAAAAACGUCACAUACUUGUACCAUAAUAUUAAUAUUCCUCUUUCCAGUCUAAAUCUUUGUCAUUUUAUCCAUACUUCCCUGUCUUUAAUGCAUAUAUACAGUACAAAAUAAUGGAACAAUCAUUUCAAAGGGAAAACAGCAAUAAUGUCUUCUUGCAUAUUUUAAAUGUACAAGAGUAGUAUUCCAGUGCUUUUGCUUGAGAUGAAAUACUUGAAUAUGUAUAUGUAAUUGGUCUCCAGGGACAUCAUGUCAUUGACAUUAUGAGUAGCCCAUAUGAGCAGUUUUCUUGCAAAAAAUGAGCCGCCAAGCGUGUUUCUUGGUUCAGAUAGUAAUGGCACUGUAAAAAGGCAUUAUUUAUUUUGAAAUAAACAUAUAAAUGGUCCCAAUGAUAGCACACAUUUAUAACUGGUAGAUAUGUGUUACACAAUGGUUUUAUUUGUACUGCUUAUGUAUGUAGAUGCUUUGUACCAAAAAGUCUCUUUUUUUAAGUAAAGUCAGUGGAAGCUUCAAAA